CAGUUGGUGAACACCAACUAACCUAAUCUGCAGGUUUUUGGACUGUUGGAGGAAACCGGAGCACCAGGAGGAAACCCAGCAAGCACAAGGAAAACAUGCAGACACACAGAGGUUGAAAUGAAACCCUCAACCCUGGAGUGGCGCGUAAAAAAGACGUCAUCAUUCCGCUGCCUGUAUUCAGACAACACGCUUUCUGCUCUGAGCACAACCAGCCAAUCAGAGAUGAGAAGGCGGGACCUACCGGAAACAUAGGACAAGUAGCGGGAAAUCGGUGAUUGAUCCGAACGUUCCGUUACAGAAUGGCUGGACUGGAGCUGCUCUCCGAUCAGGGUUACCGGCUGGAUGGACGGAAGGCCGCGGAGCUGCGGAAGGUCCAGGCCCGCAUGGGGGUGUUCGGGCAGGCGGACGGGUCUGCGUACAUGGAGCAGGGCAACACGAAGGCGCUGGCGGUGGUGUACGGACCGCAUGAGGUCCGAGGGUCUAGAAGUAAAUCCCUACACGACCGUGCGGUCAUUAACUGUCAGUACAGCAUGGCCACAUUCAGCACGGCCGAGAGGAAAAGACGACCGCAUGGCGACCGCAAGUCCAGCGAAAUGAGCCUUCACCUGAAACAGACCUUUGAAGCGGCCGUCCUCACCCAGCUUUACCCACGCUCCCAGAUCGACAUCUACGUUAAGAUCCUUCAGUCAGACGGUGGAAACUACAGCGCGUGUGUCAACGCGGCUACUCUGGCCCUGGUGGACGCCGGCAUCCCCAUGCGCGAUUACGUGUGCGCCUGCACGGCUGGCUUUGUGGAGGACACGCCGCUGGCUGACCUGUGCCAUGCCGAGGAGAGCGGUGGUGGCACCACACUAUCCCUAGCAGUCCUGCCUCGCAGCGAGAACAUCGCGCUGGUGCAGAUGGAUGCCCGUCUUCACCAGGACCACCUGGCAGCGCUGAUGGAGGCUGCGACAGUCGCCUGUAAGGGUCUCAGUAAAGUGCUGGACAGUGUAGUGCGCCAACACCUGCAGGAGGUUUCCGUGCAGACGCGAGAGUGAGGACGACUUAAUGAACUCUUGAGAGGAACCGAUCUCAAAAGUGAACCCAUCAUUAACCCAUUAACUUUCGGUCAGAAAGGAAAAAAUAAAUCAAUCAACUGGAAAUUGAAUUAAAAAUAAUUAAAAAUAAAAACUUUUUUUA